AUCAUAUUCCUAUUGAAUCUUUCGUUCUGAAAGUGUUUACAGAGUCUUCUGUGUGAUCCAUUCUUCUUGACAUCCUCAACCCUAUCCCUCUUUUUUUGAGUCAUCAAUCAACUCCGCUUCGUUUUGACGGGAGAAUCGCAUCAUCGAAUUAUCGAACUGAAACUUUGUACGGUGUGACAGACAGAUCCAUUGUUGAAUCCUUGGAGGGUGCUGGAUAUUCAAAUUCCAAAAUGCCAGCCACAGCAGGUCGUGUUCGCAUGCCUGCGAACAAUCGAGUUCACAGUAGUGCAGCCCUCCAAACCCAUGGUAUCUGGCAAAGUGCCAUAGGUUAUGAUCCUUAUGCUCCCAACAAGGAUGAUUCGAAGCAGUCAUCCCAUCAGAAGUCUAAUUCUGAACCUGAGGCUGAGAAUGCAUAUGCUAGCUUUCAAGGUCUUCUUGCCCUGGCCCGUAUAACUGGUUCCAAUGCUGAUGAAGCCCGGGGGGCCUGCAAGAAGUGCGGUCGUGUCGGCCACCUCACAUUUCAAUGCCGAAAUUUUCUUACUGUAAAGGAAGAUGCAAAAGACAAGGAUCCUGUUUCUGUCCAGGCUGCCGAUGCAUCAGGAAUGGAUAGAUUGAAGGCAAGUGGAGGAAAGAUGGAGAACAAAGCUCCUGCUGAGAGCUCUGAAGCAAGCUCGGAGGUGGAGGAUGAAACUGAGAGUUCUGAUUCCGAUGCGGAUUCAGAGAUUGAGAGGAUAAUUGCUAGGCGGUAUGGGAAAAAGGGUGGCAGCAAGGUGAGGUCUUCGAGUAAGAAGGAGGAGGCAUUAGAGGAAAGUGGAUCAGACUCUGAAGAUAGGAGGAAGAGAGGUAGAUCAAGGAGGAGGAGGAAUAGUCGCAAGAGAAGGGAUGGUGAUUCUGAUGAUGAAGAUGAAAGUGAUCAGAAGAGGAAGAAGGACAAGAGGAGGAGAGGGCAUGACUCAUUGGUUGAAGAGGCUGAACGUCAUGCACGUCAUAGAAAGAGUAGGAAGGAGAAAAGGAGGAGGAGAAGUCAUCAUCACUCUGGUGAUUCAUCUGAGUCUGAAGAGUCUGACAGAAGUCGCAAGAGAAAGAGCAGGAAGGCAAGGUCACUCUCGGAUUCUGAUUUCAGUGACUUGGACGAUUCACGGGUUGGCAGGGGCACAAAGCCUUCUGAGAAGAGGAACAAGAACUAGAAACCUCUAGUCAAGAUGUUGUUUGCGUUUAUGAGGUUUUUAAGUCACGAGGUUAUGAACCUUGGGUUUGAUUCUACUGAAUGAUUACCGAAUCAGUGUGGAACUGGAAUGAACCAAUGUGUGUUUUGAAUAAAUUAAAACUCCAUUCAAGUGGAAAUUGGAAUUUAUGUGUUCGUGUAUGAACGUUGUUUGAAAUUGGC